AUGACGGGGCCGCUGGGGGCAGGGUCCGGCUGCUGCCCAGACUGUUGUGGCGUGUACUACUGGUGCCACGACCACCUUCGGGAGGACCGGGAGCAGCACCGGCAGUGGUGUGAGCUGUACAAGCUGUGCUCCUGCUGCAACCAGCAGGCCAAGAACAGGGAGGCCAUCACACUGCCCACCGCCCUGGACCAGGAGUACCGCCCCCUGGCCCCCAUCAUGGAGGAGCACAUGCUCUCCCUGGCCAGCAGGCUGCGGCCCGUGGCUGUCGCUGGGGCCUCAGAGAGCCUCACCUUCCCCCUCACAGCCCUCUACGUGCUGCAGCAGGUGUGGCCAGGCCUGGCCACGGCACCCGUCCUUACCCUGCAUGUGGUGGGGGCGGAGGAUGGCCGGGAGCCCCGUGUGGCCGCCCCCUGGGAGUACUUGAUGCAUCGCCUGCCAGUCCUGGCCCGCCUGCAUGUGUUGCUGGUGGGGCCAGGGCUGGGUGGCCCACAGGGGUGCCACAGGGCCGCGCUGUGCCAGCAGUGCAGGGACAAGGACCGGCAGCUGGUGGUGGAGUGCCGUCGUGCCCUGUACCACAACCUGCCCCAGGCCACUGCGGCAGCCACCCCCCCGCCACCCUGCGCUUGGCCUUCAACUGUGGCUUCCACGAGUGGGAGGGGGACGAGGGGGACACCUGGCCAGACUCCUUAG